UUGAUUUUCCACUGCCAAUUUUUUUCUUCUAAUUGGAGCUCAACAGGAAGAACAAAAAAAAAUGUCAGCAUCUUCUCUUACAAUGGCGGCAGCCGCCUUUGCCACGUCAUCACAUUCUCUUUCUUCAACUUCAGUUGAUCAUCUCUCUCUUCAUCUCUUCCCCUUUUCUAAGGCAAACCCCAUAAAAACCCACCCUUCAAAGCUCAAGUCUUUUUUCAACUGUUCUUCAUUCUCUUCCCUCUGCCGCUCUUCUUCAGUUUACUGCGCUUCGACUGCGUUUGACAGCGUCGAGUUGAAUCAAGAAGAUGUUGAUGAUGAUGAUGAUGAAGAUGAAGAAGAAGAUAUUGAUGAAGAAGAAACAUUGUCCGAGAUUCAAGAUGAAGGAGCUGACGUGUCACAGCCCUCUGGGAGGCUGUACGCCGGGAACUUGCCGUUUUCGAUGACGUCUGCGCAGUUGUCCGAAAUCUUUGCCGAAGCUGGCCGUGUUGUUUCGGUGGAGAUUGUGUAUGAUAGAGUUACAGAUAGGAGCCGAGGAUUUGCGUUUGUUACUAUGGGCAGUGUUGAAGAAGCCAAAGAGGCGAUCCGGUUGUUCGAUGGAGCUCAAAUUGGAGGGCGUACGGCGAAGGUGAAUAUCCCGGAAGUGCCGAGGGGUGGCGAAAGGGAAGUAAUGAGCCCGAAGAUAAGAAGCAGCUAUCAGGGUUUUGUUGAUAGCCCGUACAAAAUAUACGCAGGCAACCUUAGCUGGAAUUUAACAUCUCAAAUACUUAGAGACACUUUCUCACAGCAGCCCGGUUUUCUAAGUGCUAAGGUUAUCUACGAUAGAGACUCUGGAAGAUCCCGUGGCUUUGGAUUCAUUACUUUCUCUUCUGCCGAGGAUGUUCAAUCCGCAAUGGAUGCCCUCAAUGGAUUGGAGCUGGAAGGGCGGCCGUUGAGGUUGAAUUUGUCGGAGCAGAGAGCUCCGGCCGCUUCUUCUUCGCCGGAUGUUGAGAAUGCAACGGACAAUAAUUUGGAAAGUGGUGAGAUAUUUUCGAGUGUUGUAAGUGCUUGAGUGGGUUCUUUGUGAAAAAAACGAUGCUCGAAGCACAGUUUUGAACGUGUGUGUGUGUGUGUGUGUGUUGUUGUUGUUAAUUUGAUUAGAUGUUUCGGCUGAUUUGGAGAUGUAAUGUAAUUGGUAAUAAGAGCUAAUGGUGUAAUUAGAAGAUAUAAUUGGAAUUUAUAUACAUGUAAUGUUGUUGAUAAUUGAUUUGAAUGUUGUUGUAGCAGUUGUGCUGAAGAUUGUAACCUUGAAUAUUAUUUCGAGAUCCCCUAUUUUCAUCUC